AGACAGAGAUAGCACGAGUGGGGGAAGGGCAGAGAAAGAGAGGGAGAGAGAGAGAGAAUCCCAAGCAGGUUCCAUGCCGCCAGCGCAGAGCCUGGUGUGGGGCUUGAGCCCACAAAGCCGUGAGAUCAUGACCUGAGCCAAAACCAAGAGUUGGACAUUCAACUGACUGAGCCACCCAGGCACCCCAAGACUGCUUCUAAUAUUGAGCCACUUAAAAAGAUAUUUACUAUAGGUCUUUGGUAGAUAGACUUAACUUGUUUGAGCAAGUUCUCCUCUGCACCUAGUUUGCUGAUAUUUUAUUAAUAAUGAGUGUACAGUUUUAGCAAAUGCUUUUUCUGCACCUGCUGAGAUACCUUUUUGAUUUUCUCCUUUAAUUAAUUUAUGUGCUUAAUAAAACUCGUACAUCUUCUAUUGUUAAGCAAGGCUUAUAUUCUUGAGAGACAUUUUAUUGAGAGAUGCCUUUAUAGAUAUAUUGUUGGAUUUGAUUUAGUACUACUAUUUUAUUUUACAUUUUUGAUAUCUAUGGUUAGGGAGUGAAAUUGGCUUAUAAUUUCACUUUCUUGUAGAGGCUGCCAAACUUUCAAUCGGUAUUCUAUUCCAAAAUGACCUGAGUUGUGGUUGUAGCUUAAAGUAUAGCUUGUUUUUUCUAUGGCAUGUACAUGUAUAGCAAGGAUUGCUCUUAUUUAUUUAUAACCUCCUUUGAGGCAUUUGGACUCAUUUAGCAAUAAUGAUAAUAAUCAUGACCCAUUUUGAACUUUCUCACUAUAGGUUGUCAUUCAAAAGCACAGAGUUAUCUAGAGUUUCAUCAAGUCAAUUUGGCUACUUUGCAGUGGUGAUAAGCCCAUUACGAAGCUGGGAAUGAAGAAAAAAUUAAUUUGUGUAUUAACUGUUACUGAUGUUGAUCGGGCCCAGUGGUUUAUCCAAAAACAAAGAAUACUCCUUUCUGAUUCUCCUGCCUGCCCUCGCUACUAUGGCUGAUUCAUGUCAUGCCCAAGUCUGGACUUCGUGGUGGUUGCUGGUUCCCUAGAACAUUAAGUUCCACAGUAAUAUACAGCAAAUAGAGGCAGCAAAUGGAGUCUGGGUUAGAUGCUGGGGAAUAUUGAAGAUAUGAGAUAAAUAAGCAGCAGAGAUCAGUCUAGAGAGACAAAAUACAAUUAGAAUAUGAACUGAUAGAACGUAAGAUGUGGGAUAUCAAGAUGGAACAUAAGAUAUGGGAAUAUCAAGAUUGAUCUCAGUGGGACUGAGGAAGAAGCAACUAACUGUCUAGGUAAGUAGAGCAAAGAAAACAUGAAGAAGGUCAUAUUUCAGUAGGGUCUUAAAGGCUGAAAGAGGUAAGGAGCAAAUGUGUUCCAGUCCUAGCAAGCUAGGUACGUAAAACUACCCCGGCAGGAAAAAGAUAGUUUAUGAUAGGAAAGGUAAAACUUUAGGAAUAAAUUGCAUAAUUGAUUCUGAUCUCAGAACUUCCCUUCAGGGCUGGAUAUUUAACUAUGAGUCUGAGCCUGUGGGAAGGAGAGCAGGGAUGCCUUGGAACCCUGGGUAAACACUGACCCUCUGGUGUCCUGGAGGGUGAUUCAGCACCUGCCAAACUUUUGAGACAGCUCACGGCUUAGAGGAAGCCUCAUCUAAAUAAAGGCCGGCUAAAGUGACAUUGCAGGGAUUUAAUCCUUCUCUGGCAGCCCGUGUGACCAGAAGGCUGAUUUGCAAGUUUCCACUCUCCUAGGGUCCAGAUCACUGGGUCUCGGGGGCCCUGAGGCUGGCCAGCAGAAGUGCAAAAUGAAGGAGGUCAGAAGGGAACGCCAGCAGCAGGGACCCGGGGGCCUCCACGGGGCUCUUACACACCACAAUGAAAGAUUCUCCGGCCAUCAAAGGAAAUAGCAAACUGGAGGCUUUGUCUUGGGACGCAGCCACCUUCCACAGAGCAUCAGACCACAUGGUGGGCCAGAAAGUUCCUGGAGCCUGAGCAGGAGAGUGGUUAUGGUAACUGGAUGUGCGGGCCUAUACAGUGAGAGCUGGGAAGUGCCACGUGAGGGAAGGUGGGAAAUGUCUUGAGUGAGGUGGGUGGCUCCUGGCCUGGCUGGGCAGACUCUGCUGGCCCGUGUGCCUUUGCCCCCAUCAGACCAAGAAGGGGUCUGCUCAUCAAGGAGCCUACCCGGAUCUGCAGGCCAGCUGUCACAGACACGGGGCUCUGGCAGGCCCUAACUCCCAUCUCCCAUCCCCCGGGCCCUUGGCACUGCUCCCCAAGCCUGCCUUCGAUUGGUGCCCUUGGCCGAGACGGAGAUGUGAGCCUGGGGUGGACGAUGACUGCAGUGUACGUGAAUGGAGGCGGCCUGGUAACCCCCCACUAUGCCAGGUGGGAACGGCGGGAUAGCGUGGAAAGUGGCCGUCAGACGGAGUGCAGCAAGGAGGAUGAGGAGGGGCAGCCCCGCCAGCUGACACCCUUCGAGAAGCUGACCCAGGACAUGUCCCAAGAUGAGAAGGUGGUGAGAGAGAUCACGCUGGGGAAACGUAUUGGCUUCUACAGAAUCCGAGGGGAAAUUGGAAGUGGGAACUUUUCCCAAGUCAAGCUCGGGAUUCACUCCCUAACUAAAGAAAAGGUGGCCAUUAAGAUCCUGGACAAGACCAAGCUGGACCAGAAAACCCAAAGGCUACUGUCCCGUGAAAUUUCCAGCAUGGAAAAACUGCACCAUCCCAACAUCAUCCGUCUGUAUGAAGUGGUGGAGACCCUAUCCAAGCUCCACUUGGUGAUGGAGUAUGCAGGGGGUGGGGAACUCUUUGGGAAAAUCAGCACUGAAGGGAAACUCUCAGAGCCAGAAAGCAAGCUCAUCUUCUCCCAGAUUGUGUCUGCCGUGAAGCACAUGCAUGAGAACCAAAUUAUUCAUAGAGACCUGAAAGCAGAAAACGUGUUUUAUACCAGUAAUACUUGUGUGAAGGUGGGUGAUUUUGGAUUCAGCACAGUAAGUAAAAAAGGCGACAUGCUCAACACUUUCUGCGGGUCGCCUCCCUACGCGGCGCCCGAGCUUUUCCGAGACGAGCAUUAUGUCGGCAUUUAUGUGGACAUCUGGGCCUUGGGGGUGCUUCUGUACUUCAUGGUGACCGGCACCAUGCCGUUUCGGGCAGAGACCGUGGCCAAGCUGAAGAAGAGCAUCCUGGAGGGCGCAUACAGCGUGCCUCCGCACGUGUCCGAGCCCUGCCUCCGCCUCAUCCGGGGCGUCCUUCAGCCCGUACCCACCGACAGGCACGGCAUCGAUUCCAUCAUGAGCAAUGAGUGGAUGCAAGGGGUGCCGUACCCCACCCCUCUGGAGCCUUUCCAACUGGAUCCCAAACAUUUGUCCGAAACCAGCACCCUCAAGGAAGAAGAAAACGAGGUCAAAAGCACUUUAGAACACUUGGGUAUUACAGAAGAGCACAUUCGAAACAACCAAGGGAGAGAUGCCCGAAGCUCCAUUACAGGGGUCUAUCGGAUCAUUUUACAUAGAGUCCAAAGAAAAAAGGCUUUGGAAAGUGUCCCGAUAAUGAUACUACCAGACCCGAAAGAAAGGGACCUGAAGAAAGGGUCCCGUGUCUAUAGAGGCAUAAGACACACAUCUAAGUUUUGUUCAAUUUUAUAAAUUGCGUUAACUGCUGAUAAUUAACCAAGAGCAUUGUUGCUGCUUUUAAAUUUUUUCAUGGACAACUUGGGUGGAGACAUUUUUGUAAUUUUUAAAUAAAUUUAAAUUUAAGAUCUGCA